CCCAAAGGCCCUGCAAAAACAAAAUUCACACAUGAGGUGGUCUAUCAGGGUCUAUCCUGAGUUUGUCUUGUUCUGAUGUAGCAAAAAAGUUUGUUUUAUUAUUUUAAUUUAAAAGUCAUGCUUCAGUAAUUUAUUAACACAGAUCGUGACGCAGUCCAGCAUCUCAUCCGAAAUCAUCUAGCAAGCCAUGAUGCCGCGUUGGAAACGGUGGGAGCAGAUCAAACGUCAGAUAUUCGCCUGUCGUCCUCACGCAAAGUCCAAAAUGUCCGAAGCAUUGGUCAAGUCGCAGUUUUCAGUUAAAAACUUUAGCACGACCACGGUCAAAUCAGCCCCAUCAUCGGCAGUUACUGGCGGUGGUCGAACUCCUCCCAAGAAGUUUUCCUCCAGCAGUGAUUACAAGCAGAUACUGAAUAGGUUGAAAGUGGACUUUGAGAAGAAGUACAACAGUGUAAAACCCUCGCCCGAUAGCGGCCUGCAGGAAUUUGAUGUACUGAAGACGCUCGGGACUGGUGCGUUUGGCGUUGUUAAACUAAUACGAAGAAAAAAUACUGAAGAAUACUUUGCCUUGAAGAUUUUAUCCAAAGAGAAAAUAGUCCGCCACAAGCAACUCCAGCAUACUGUGAACGAAAAACGAAUAUUACAAAGCGUGGAGUUUCCUUUUAUGGUACACCUGGAAUGCUGCUAUAAGGAUAAUUCCUACAUCUAUCUAGUAAUGCCAUUUAUUUGUGGCGGUGAGCUGUUUGGUUUGCUGAGAAAAUCUAAACGUUUCGGCGAGGAUCAAGCGAAAUUCUACGGAGCCCAAGUGGCAAUGGCAAUUGAAUAUCUCCAUCACAUGAAUCUAAUCUAUAGAGACCUCAAGCCAGAAAACAUACUCAUAGAUACCAAGGGUUAUGUGAAGAUCACCGACUUCGGUUUCUGUAAGGUGAUCCGUGAUCGAACAUGGACCCUGUGUGGUACGCCCGAAUAUCUGGCACCAGAGGUAAUACAAUCUAAAGGCUACGGAAAAAGCAUUGAUUGGUGGUCCUUCGGUAUACUUCUGUAUGAGAUGGCGGCAGGCUACACUCCAUUCUAUACCAACUCCAGCGAUCAUAUGGUAUUGUUUGAGAAAAUUUGCAAGGGCAAGUGUCGUUAUCCGGCAAGUUUCAGUAGUGAAUUAAAACACCUGAUCCAAAACAUUCUUCAUAUCGACUUGACGCGAAGAUUCGGCAACUUGAAGAAUGGUGCAAACGACAUUAAACAACAUGCCUGGUUUCGUGGUAUCAACUGGAUUGGACUAUUGAAUGUGGAAGUAACGGCCCCUUUCAUACCCAAAGUAAGCGGUCCUGGAGACUCUUCGCAGUUUGAUAUCUACGAUGAACAAGAUUUGAAGGUUGCAUCGAAGUGUAUGUUUAUUAAGGAAUUUGCAGAUUUUUAAUAAUUAUUUUACAUGUAAUCACAACAAAUAAAUAUAUGUCGAACCUUCUUCAAA